ACUGAAAAGCCAAAUGCACUUGGGUUUUGGAGAAGAAACAAAGUUGAUAAUCUCAUCAUGAACAUGAAUUGGAGGAAAAAGAUCAAUAGAAAAAUGAUGACAAUCAGAGCAGCUAAGAAAAUCCACCAAGGCAGGGAGUGCAGAGAGGCCUUACUGAAAGGAAUCAAUAAAGUUGCUGACGCUGUUUCUGUUACUAUAGGACCCAGAGGGCGCAAUGUUGUUCUUUCGGAAUCUGACACGCUUAAAGUAAUAAAUGAUGGUGCAACAAUAGCCCGUGCAAUUGAACUUUCUGAUGCAAUUGAGAAUGCUGGAGCGAUGCUGAUCCAAGAGGUUGCAACUAAGAUGAAUGAUUCAGCUGGGGAUGGUACAACAACUGCAAUUAUUUUGGCUCGAGAAAUGAUCAAGCUAGGGUUGUUAGCUGCUUCUUUUGGGGCAAACCCUGAAUCUUUAAAGAAUGGGAUGCAGAAGACAGUAAAAGAAUUAGUUAAGAUCCUUAAGAAGAAAAGCUAUCCUGUAAAAGGAAGGAAAGAUACACAAGCUGUUGCAUCUAUAUCUGCUGGAAAUGAUAAAUAUAUUGGCGAUAUUAUUGCUGAAGCUAUUGAUAAGAUUGGUCCUGAUGGAGUAAUAUCCAUUGAAUCUUCCCCAACAUUCGAAACCUCUAUUACAGUCGAAGAAGGAAUGAAGAUUGACAAGGGGUACAUGUCUCCUCAUUUCAUUACAAAUGUGGAUAAAUCUCUAGUCGAGUUUGAAAAUGCUAAAGUUAUGGUUACCGAUCAAAGGAUAUCAAGUGCACGGGAGAUUGUGUCUAUGCUGGAAAAAGUAACCCAGUUGAGUGUCCCACUGUUGAUAAUUGCGGAAGAUAUUUCAAAGGUGGUGCUGGAAAUGUUAGUUGUGAAUAAAAGUCAAGGCAUACUGAAUGUUGCUGUUGUUAAGUGCCCAGGAUUUGGAGAAGGGAAGAAAGCUCUAUUGCAAGAUAUCUCUCUUAUGACAGGUGCUGAUUUUCUUUCUGGAGAUUUGGGUCUCACUCUUGAAGGUGCAACCUCUGAUCAGCUUGGGAUUGCACGAAAAGUAAUCAUAACAAGUAAUUCGACCACCAUUGUUGCUGAUCCAUCUACUAAAGCUGAAAUACAAGCAAGAAUUAUGGAGAUAAAGAAGAAUCUUGCUGAGACAGAUAGUAAAUACCUGUCCCAAAAGCUUUCUGAAAGAAUUGCGAAACUCUGUGGAGGUGUGGCUGUAAUCAAGGUUGGAGCUCACACUGAGGUGGAACUUGAAGAUCGUAAGCUAAGAAUUGAGGAUGCAAAGAACGCUACAUUUGCUGCUAUGGAUGAAGGCAUUGUGCCUGGUGGAGGAGCUGCAUUCAUACACCUCUCCAAAGAAGUACCAAUAAUUAAGGAACAGUUUCGAGAACAUGAACAGCUUGGUGCUGAGAUUAUACAAAUGGCACUUCUUGCUCCUGCAAACUAUAUUGCAGCCAAUGCAGGUGUUGAUGGAACUGUAGUUGUGGAGAAAAUUCGAGCCUGUGACUGGAAAAUUGGAUAUAACGCAUUGACGGGACAAUAUGAAGACCUUCUUAGGGCUGGAGUUGUUGAUCCUUGUAAAAUCUCAAGGUAUGCACUUCAGAAUGCUGUCUCUGUUGCUGGUUUAGUCCUAAGUACCCAAGCUAUACUGGUUGAGAAAACAAAGAAACCGAAGCCGCUUGUUCCCGAUAUUCCUGGUAUAUCACCAUGAAUGAUGACAAAGUGGGUAUUUUUUUUUCAAAUUAUCUCUCAACAUAGCAAGAGAAGAUUUACACUACUUCAGUACAAAUGUUUGUUGAAUCAUUCCUCUGGCUCAGGAUUCAGCUAAGAUUGGCUAUCCUUGACAAACUACAGAUUGAAGAUUAGCUGCAUCAAGAUAAUUUACUUGUGUUCUCUGCCUAGGUCUUUCAUAAUCUAACAUAGGAGAAACAGUAUUCUGAGAGCAGCUAAGGAAUAUCC